GGCUCCAUCUUCUGGUGAAGUGUUAGACUAAAGUGAAAGUAACAGCAAGUGACAUAAGAAGUUAAAAAUAGUGAAAGAUACGGGUAGAUAAUUUGCUGUUUACAUUGAGUUUUUCUCAUCAACAAACAAGAUGUCUGCUCAUUCUCCUGAACAAAUGAAUAGUAAAACGCUAAAUAUACCAGCAAGAAGAAUUAUGUUGAAUGACGCAUCGCACCUUCCGAGCGAUUACAGCUCAACGCCAGGAGGCACCAUCUUCUCCACAACACCAGGCGGUACUCGGAUCAUAUAUGAAAGGGCAUUCUUGAUGCAAAUGAAAAACUCUCCAAUUGCAAAAACACCUCCCAAGAACAUGCCUACCAUACCAGGUGUAACAUCUUAUGGUCUUCAAAUAGCAAAGAAUAAACCUGUGGAAAGUGGAUUAUCUGAGAAACUAAGUACUGGAGGAAGUCAGGAGCAUCAGGAGGAGCCACAAUUCCAGCUGGACAUCUGAAAGUUUUCACAAAUCGCAGCCUGAUGUGGGAUGGUUUAGUGUUUAACUAUGGUUAUAGUCCUUAUGGGUUACUUGCCGUGCUGCAAUUGUCCCCAGCGUCAUCUGUGGUAACACUGAUUCUCAUGAUUUUUCAACUCUUAUUGUCAGAGAGUUAUUAACUAUACAUUUAAUCAAUAGUAUCAGACAGGAUCAAGAAGGUAGUCUUGUCUUAUAUUUUCUUUUUUUUUACAGGUGAAUGUUUUAUCACAUCAAGAUUUUGGUGUUAACAUUACAGAUUUACUUUGUUGGUUUUUAUUGUUACUAUCAUUUGGAAAGUUUUAUUCUGUGUCUUGGUUCUGCCAAAAAAAUCAAGUUGAAGUUUUUGUUCUUCUUUUUUUAUUUUUGAAGUUGAACUAUAUUCAGCUAAAAUUUUGUAAGUGAACCUAUAGGUUUAUCUACUUUCACCUUGCUCUUAUCCAGAAAAUUGUUUUACUAUAUCCCAACUUUAAGUAAACCAAAUUGCAAGCUACAUGUAUUAUUUUAACAUUGCCAUAUUUGCUAAGUUUUCUUCUUUGUUCUGAGUAGUUUUAACAUGACUUUACUUGGGUAGUCUCCCAUACAGUGCAUGUGUAGUGUUUAUGUCUACAUGUAGCUGAAGUUUUGAGAAAAUAUCUACAUUCUUGUGCAUAUAGAAAAAUAAUAAAAGGAAAGCAAAGAGCAUAGGUUUUAGCAUGAAUUAUAAAUUUGAAAAAAAUAAAAAAUAAAAAUGAACCUUU